AUGGCCAAUGCAAGCACACCUUCACCGGCCACACAUCUCUCAUUGGCCUCCCGGGCUUAUCUCUCAUUUACUUCAUCUCUACGUCCGCAGGCGCCAACAUCUACAUCUAGGACCCAGACACGGCACAACGACCCCCAAGUCCUCAGCGGAUCAGACGGCGUACUUAGGAUGUGGAGCGUUCGUGAUGGAACGGCCGUGCAGGAUUUACCGACGGGUCAGAUGGGUGUCUGGCAGGUCGCGUUCAGUGGGCGAUGGUGUGUCGCCGCCUCCAACCGCGAUAACCAAACAAUGCUAUACGCAUGGGACUUUGGAGUGGAUGGAGACGAGGCGCAUGGUGAAAUAGAUGAGGAUGACAACGAUGAUGCAGAGUGAGAGCUGGCUAUCAAUGUUAGGAAAUCAUGUACUACCAUCAACCACUGUUGUUCCCUCGGAUAGAUG